AAUCCAAUAACCGACUGAGCUGAACACAAAACAUAACCACAAAAAUAAUAAUAAUUGCAGUAAAUUAGUAUUAUUGUUGUUUGUUAUUAAUGACGUUUUAGUUGUUACACGGAAAUAUAAAUAUUUUGUUGACAGUAAUGAUUGUAUUAAUCAGAGCAAAAUGAAAUUUGAGCAUAUCAUCGCACUAUUAAAUUAGAGUGACUUGCCAUUUAUCAGUGAUAAUAAUAACUACAAGUAUUUUUUUUAAAUUCACUUAUGUAAUAGUUGUUAGUGGGUCAAAAUGAACUCCAAGGCAGUUGCAGCGAUUGCAACCACACUUUUAGGUUGUGGAUUAAAUAAUGUUUUCCUGGAAUAUAUAAUAAAGCAAGACCCAGGGUGUGGCCAUCUCAUCACAUUCGCCCAGUUUUUAUUUAUUGCCAUUCAUGGAUUCAUAAUGACUUCAAAAUUUGGAACAGUCAAACCAAAGAUUCCCUUCCAAACUUACUUAAAUUUAGUUGUGUUCUUUUUUCUGACAAGUGUUAUAAACAACUGGGCCUUUAAUUUUAACAUUCCGGUGCCGCUGCACAUGAUUUUUAGAGCUGGCUCACUUAUUGCAAAUAUGAUUAUGGGAAUCUUAAUACUGAAAAAGAGAUACACUUUGGAGAAAUACGUAUCUGUUGCUAUGAUCACUAUUGGGAUUAUUAUUUGUACUUUGAUGUCUAGUGGUAAUAAGAAAGCUGAAGCUUGUGUUGAUUGUGAUAUUCAGAUGGAGAAGAAACAGGCCGCCGAUCACUUUUUCUGGUGGAUUAUAGGAAUUUUAUUACUGACUGGAGCCCUGUUAUUAUCAGCUCGAAUGGGUAUUUAUCAGGAAUCAAUUUAUAAACACCAUGGGAAGCACCCUCAGGAAGCCUUAUACUAUACGCACUUGUAUUCCCUCCCAGGAUUUCUAAUGUACUCUCCAAGUAUUUGGGAACAUAUGCAGAUCGCUUCUCAGUCCGAGCCCUAUGAAAUUCCUUUUACUAACGUGAUAGUACCGAUGUUAUGGUUGUGGAUUAUUUUAAAUGUUGUUACGCAAUAUUUAUGUAUUAGUUCGGUUUAUGUUUUAACAACUGAGUGUACUUCGUUGACUGUUACUUUAGUGAUCACUUUAAGGAAAUUCUUAUCUUUGAUAUUUUCUAUUGUUUAUUUCCAAAAUCCGUUCACUAUUUAUCACUGGUUUGGUACAGCUUUAGUUUUCUUGGGGACCUUAUUGUUUGCUGAAGUGUUCACUAUUAUAAAACAGUCCGAUGUUGACCAAAAAUUAAGUAAGAGUGUGAAAAAAACUAGUUAAAUAUUUUUAAUGUUGUUUUUCCUAAUUGUGUUUUGUUUCAAAUAGUUUAGAUGUUUGCAGAUAAAUUAAGGAACAAUCGUUUGUUGUUCAAAAAAAGUUAUUAGAAGUUAUUUGAGUCCUAUUUUUUUUAUGAACUUUAUUUAAAAAAAUAUGAACGAUUCAAUAAACAGACUUAAAUAAAUAAAAGUAAUAUGCAUUCGCAGAAACAUUUUAACGGGUAACACAUACAUUUUGAAAAUGUUUAAACCUUCCAGGGCUUUUAUUGUUUUUUGGGAGAUUUCUCCUUCAUUUCUUUAAUUAAAUCACUUCGGUCUAGUAUUUUAUCAAACUCUUCCUCAGUGUAAUAAAAACCGUUGGGAUUUAUUUUGACCGUAGUUUCUUCUUCAUCUAGUAGAUCUUUUAACGAUUUGAGGUCAGCAUCAUCUAACUGCUUGCCUUUAAAUUGCCCUAAAGAAAAAUUAAGGAAUGAAUGAAACCAAUGACAUUGCAUCAAAUUACCUUCUUUUAUGACCAUUUUUUCUAAUCUCUUUUUAACUUCUCCACGGUUUAGAAUAAUUUCAUCAAUUGUUCCUUUGGUUACCAAGCUGUAGAUCAUAACAGGUUUGGUUUGUCCAAUCCUGUGGCACCUGUCUUGUGCUUGUGAAUCGACCAUGGGAUUCUAAUCAGAUAAAAUAGAUAUCAAAAACAUUUGCUAACAUAUUUCAACUUACCCAAUCUUUAUCUAUAAAGAUAACAGUAUCGGCAGAUGUUAAAUUUAAUCCUAAACCGCCUGCUCUAGUAGAGAGUAAGAACACAAACACGUCAUCACUCUUAAAGUCAUUGAUGUUGUCAUUUCUGGAGUCAAGAUCCAAAGAGCCAUCAAGUCUUCUAUAUGUAUAGUUUCGCAUUAUUAAUAAUUCCUCAACCAAAUCCAACAUCAUAGUCAAAGUACUGAAUAAUAAAAUCUUGUGUCCUCCCGCUUUCAAUUUCGGCAACAUAGCGUCCAAAACUAGAAGCUUGCCACUUAACUUCACCAUGUCUUUACUGACAUAAAGCUCGUUCCUGUUCUCUUCAACGACAACAGGAGUCCAAAUUAAGUACGGGUGGUUUACUGCUUUCUUCAACAUCAUCAUGGGGUUUGCCAUUGUUAAUCUAAUCAUGUAAGGACGAUCAGGAAUUUUAAGCGGCACAUGGGUAUUGUAGUGAAGCACACUCGCAGUGUUAUAACUUGUUGACGUAACUUCUUUCGUUGUAAAAUAAUCAACUUCGGAAAGAUCGAACUUUUCUUGAGCGUAGGUUUUGAUUUUUGCAACACAUUGUCUUUUUCCUUUCGGGGCCUCUACAAGCUGAACAUAAAAUGAGUAUAAUUUUUGGAAAUGUAUUAUUUUAAUAGAAAAACUGUUCUUAGUCCUAAUAAAGUUUUUACCUUCUCCUUC